AUGGCCUUCCCCAUCCCCACCCAUCUCCCCCGCAAGCCUGCCCACAGGGAUGUUGCCACCGAAAUAUUGACGAAAGUCGACCUGGCUAAUGUUGCCUCCUUGACCCCGGCGUUGGCUGCUUCGUGGGUCUCAGAAUUGGACGCGGCCAUUCAAUCGACACAAAAAAGGAUCCAUGAACGAAUACGCGAGGACUUGCCAACAGUUGAGAAACAUAUAGCUUCGUCCAAGUCAAUUCAGUCACGCCUUGAAUCGCUGCGCUCGAAUGUCGACGCGUUAGGGAGGACGGUUAAUGAUUCAAAUACGGGUCUACUGCCGACUCUGAUACAAACACUCACGUCGCAUUCUGAGCUCGCGAAGGAGUUUGCCAACGCAUCAACAUCUUUAUCGGCUCUUUCGCACCUACUGCAGCUCAAGAAACGUUUCACGCUUCUCGAAGGCUUAGUAAAGUCAGGGGAGCUAUGCGAAGCGGCUCACACUUGUGGAAUACUGGAAUAUGACCUAGAACAGGCCCCCGACGCUCUACAGAGGAGUAUCAUCUAUGGCCAGUUGAAGUCCAACUUCAGGGUGCUCAAAGACCGAACCAGAGAGCAGCUUGCGGAGGCAUACUCGAGGAGUAUCACUGUGACCGCGGAAGAAAUGAUAAUCUCAUCCUCUGUGCAAGUUCGACAAUCCACCACUAUCCUUCAGCUCCCCUCCAUCUUGUCCUCCAUCGACUCGGCUUCUCUCUCAAGCCUCUUGGAUACGUUACGCCGGGAUCUCACCCACCACUUCAUUCAAAUUGUCCUCAGCCAGCCAACGUCCGUCACUUCCUCCUCCACCUCUGAUUUCUCAGGAAAUUCACAACACAAGAUUACACUGUUUCCUACGCCGCCGAGUACUUCCUCGCCCGGCCAACGGCUUGAAUCCCUGUCUGCCGUACUGGAGUUCCUUUCUGCACAUUUAUUCCUUGCGUUGCCCGAGGAACGGAAGGCGCCGUUUACGAAGAGCUUAAACAAAGCCAUGACCAGCAGCGUUCUGAAUGACUUAUUAGUUCCAAACUUGCCGACAUCGUUUAGCCCUCUACCAUCAUAUCUCGAACUCGUGCAACGGUGCAUAGACUUCGAGGGGCGGUUGCUCGAGACUGAUGCCUCGGAAAGGCCUAUACGGUUGUGGUCAAACGGACUCCGGGGACAUUACGAGAGACAAAGGAGAAGUAUCCUUCUUGAUCUCACAAGGAAUGUGAUCACGUCUCAGGUGGACUGGAAUGAUACAUUCAACGUCGAAAUCGACGCCCCACUCAACAGCGGCCCCACAAAUGUCGUCCUGGUUCAAGAUGUUACAUCUCCGUUACCUGAAAGUACCGACAAUCGUACGACCACCACUGCCGUCGACGAUAUCACCGACGUUGGUGAUGACGGAGCGUCAUGGGGUCUUGAUGAAGACGUUGAACACAAUGAUGAUGGUAUUGACGAAAGCGGCUGGGGACUCGACGACGAACCUACCGCAGACUUGAGCACUGAUAUAGAACCUGACGCGAGCCCAAGUAUAGACAGCGACUACUCGCUGCCAAGUCAAGGUAGCUCCAUUGACAAGUCCGGACCUAAGGAUCCCGAACCUGAUCCAUCUGAUGCUUGGGGGUGGAACGACGACGACGACGGGUCCCCGCCGACGGACGAUAGUGUCUGGGAUGAUCCAUGGACGGACGACUCGGCGUCUGCCUCAGAACCAAAACUUUCUGAGCCGAUUCCCCCCAGCCCUCCAGUUCUCAAAGUACCACAUUCAACGCCCUCUACGUCGUCCCCCAAAGUCGCCACUCGCCUCGAGAAAUUCUCCAAACAAAAACUGAAGCACGCAAGUCACUUAGCCUCGCCUGCGGUCUCUUCCCCCCUGGUUUCUUCCCCCCUGGGUAUCAUAUCGGACUACUCUUCUUCAAGUACUCUCCCUGAAUCAUCGCCGCUGAAAACCGCGAUGCCUAACAAGUCCCCAGAUCCAUCCUCUUUGUCCGACAAGCGGCCGCCUAAUCUCGUCACCGUUGCACCUAAGGAAAUUUACACCGUUACUCAGCGGAUGCGAUCCGUGUUGUCCAUGGUGGAAGAUAUUCUUCGUGAAGGUCAUGAAUUCAUCAGCGCCUCGACACACAUGCCUCUGAUAUCGUCGAGUUCUUCAACGAGCAGCUUGCUUCUUCAAGUAGCCCCUGAGACACUGGAUCUAUUCCGCGCCCUCUAUCCUAUUGUGUUCCAACAAGAUUUAGAGACCCACCCUUCGCGUGCCAUGCAGUUCUCCAAUGACUGUUCGUAUCUUGGUCAGGAAGUCGAGAAACUCGCGGUUUUGGACGACAGCGUCAAUGAGAGCCUGGGGAGAUCGAGGAACUGCCUGAAAGUUUUGGGCGAUAGUUGGUACAGCGAUACUAUUGCGAAGCAUUGCCAAGCUGUCGAAGACACCUUGGUCUCUGGUGCUGACGGCUUCGUCCAGACAACGGACCAGGACAGAUACGAUGAAUGUGAAGGGGCGCUGAUGCAGGUUGUUUCCCUUAUCCGCAGACUCGCUGCAGGCUGGAAGAAUGUUCUGUCCAAAACCAAAUAUUACAGUGCGAUAGGUCGACUCGUUGACGCAGCUCUAUCCCAGGUCCUGAAAGAUAUUUUGGCCUUGCCCGAUAUCACCGAAGUGGAAUCCCAUCGGCUGAGUGAACUUUGUAGGAUACCUAACUCCCUCGAAGGACUAUUCGUUGAGGACCAAGCCGAGCAUCCUUUCACUGCCGCGUAUGUCCCUUCCUGGCUGAAAUUCUCUUACCUCUCAGAACUUCUGGAGGCUUCCAUGGCGGAUAUUACAUAUCUUUUCGAAGAGGGUGCCCUAGUGGAUUUCGAUAUUGAAGAAUUAGUGCGACUCGUUCGAGCUUUGUUUGCUGAUACUCCAUUACGCUCGGCUACCAUCACGAAGAUUCUCGCUGGCCAUCCGGAUAUUUCUACCCAUUAA